AUGUCAGAAGAAAUUUCAGCCAACGAUAGAAAAUACAUUACAAAUUUGUUAAAUCAAAGAAAUCAAGAAAGUAUUUUAUUAAUUAGUGGUGAUAAAAUUAGUAAAAAAAAGAGCAAGAAACCAAGCAAGAGAAUUAUUUUAUUGACAAAGAAUCGUGUAUUAUUUAUUAAACCAGGUCAAAGUAAAGUUAAAAAGGAAGCACAUCUUUUAGAUAUUAAUGAAAUUAAAUCAUCCAACAGUAAUGAGGUUAUUAUAGUAUCGGCUCAACAAAAAUUCCAAUAUGGUAUGAACACCAAUGGUAAGGCCGAUGAAAUUAUUCACCAAAUUCGUACUGUUUUCAGUCAACAAUUUUUAGGUUAUCCAGAAGAUGUUAGUUUUAAAUUAACUGAUAUUCAACCACAAUCUCGUUUAAAAGAAUUAUCCCCAAAAGAUUUACCAUGUGGUGGUUUUGUUGAAACCUACAGCUCACUUUGCGAUUAUUGGGGUAUUCCAAUACGUGGUGAUAUUUGCUGGGAUAUUUCAAACAUCACCUCAAGCAAAAAUAUUAAAUCAUUUAAUUUUGGUGAAAUUGAACAACCAAUUUCAAUUGGUGAUAUCAAAUGUUUAUUAACUGCUUUAAAGUAUAAUGGAUAUUUCAAAGGUUUAAAUUUCAACAACCAUCCAUUUGCUAAAGAUCAAUUCCAAAUUUUAGCUGAUGUAUUAAAAGUCAAUUCAACUGUUGAAGAUUUAAGUAUGAAUAAUGUUGGUUUAAGAUCAGAUACUUUACCAAUUAUUGCAAAUUCAUUAUCAGCAAAUAAAAACUUAGCUCUCACCUCAAUUGAUAUUUCAAACAAUCAAGUUGAAGAUAAAGGUCUUGGUGCUUUUGCUCAAUAUAUUGCUGGUAGUUUAAGAGGUAUUGCAUCUUUAGAUUUAUCAAAUACUUCAACUGGUAAACUUGGUAUUAAUCAAGUUACAAGUGCAUUAAAAAAGAAUAUCAAAAUGCCAUCAACUUUAUCAUAUUUAAAUCUUUCAGGUAAUAAAAUGGAAGCUGAUGGUAGUGCAGGUUUAGCAAGCUUUUUAGCCAAUCCAAAUUGUCUUAGAACUUUAAUUCUUUCAAAUACCACUCCCUCAAUGGAAACUAUUGUUGGAGCUUUGGUUAUUGGUUGCUCUGAACUUAAAACUUUAGAUAUCUCUGAAAAUGUUGGUAAACUCACUAAAAAAGAAGUUGCUCAUUUGGUUAGAUUUAUUUCAUCAUCAUCAACUCUCAAAAAUUUCAAUUUCUCUGGUACUAAAGUUCCAGUUGAUUGUUUAAAAGAAUUAGUAGUUGCAAUUUCAUCAAAUAUUUAUUUACAAGAAGUUAAUUUAGAUAUUAGAAAUAAUGAUUUAGGUAUUGCAGGUGCCAGAAUGUUAGCUUCAUUAUCAGAUAAAUUAUCAAAUAUUGUUUAUUUAGAUUGUUCAGAAAAUGAUUUUGGUGAUGAGGGUGUAUCUGUUAUCUGUGAAGGUUUUGUUACAAAUAAUUCUAUUAAAAAAUUAGUAUUAAAUGGUAAUUUCAAGACAUCAAAAACUAAAUCAAGAGCAGCAGCAAUCGAAUCAGUUAUUACUUUAUUAGAAUCUGAAUGUCCAAUUGAAUCAUUACAUAUUACAGCAGGUAGUGGUAAAUCAUUAUCACCAUUAAAGAACGAUAUUCUUCCAUUAGUUUAUUCAUUAGCCACCAACAGCUCAUUAUUAGAAAUCGAUAUUAGUGGUCAUCAAAUGGGUAAUAAAGGUGCCAUCGCUUUAGGUAAAGCUCUUCAAACAAAUAAAACACUUCACACUUUAAUUUGGGAUGAAAAUCAAACCGGUGUUGUAGGUUUCUCUGGUUUCCAAGUUGGUUUAGAACGUAAUUUAACAUUAAAAAAUAUGCCAACCCCACUUACCGAUAUUAUUGCUGCUCAUCGUGAAAACCCUGUUAAACUCUCACAAACUCUUAAAGAAAUCGAUAAUUGUAUCAAUAGAAAUCAAUCACCAAGCCGUGCUUUUGAAGGUACUGCUGGUAUCGGUGCCACAAAUCUUUCAUUCUUAGCCUCUGGUCAACAACAACAAAUUGAAAAACUUAUGAAUAGAAUUAAAAGUAUUGGAAGAAAAGUUACAGACCCAGAAAAUCUUUUAAUUAUCAAAGAUGCUGAAAAUACAGAAAAGGUUAUUGGUGGUAUUCAUUUAAUUAAAGAAGCUAUUCACGCAUCACUAGAAAUGGAGUUAAAUCAAAAACUUAAACAAUUUGUAUCUGUAGUCAACGAUGCUAUCGAUUCUAAAAAGAAAGAAAUGACCCAACAAAUUUUAGAAAGUAUGCAAAAUACUUUCAAAUCUAUGGAUCAAGCCACCAUGAAGGGUUUAGCAGCUGGUAUUCAAUUUGGUUCAAAAGAUGUCGAUGAAGAACAAAUCCACUCUACUCUUGUAAAAGGUGCCGGUGCUGAACUUAGCAGUCGUGCUCACGAAUGUUUUAUUUCAUCUUUAGAUAUUGCUUCAGAUUAUACCUAUGAAAAAAUUACUAUGGGUCUUGAAAGUGUAUUUAAGGAUUUAGUAUUAGAAGAAUUAAAUCAAUCACAAGGUGAUAACUCUACCCCAAUCGACCACAGUCCAGUCCCAGUCAGAGCUGCACCACAAGCUACCUCACCACCAUUAGCAUCAUUCCCAACCUCCAAACCACCACCACAAGCUGCCCCUGUCCCACCAUCGGGUGGCAAUGCUCCACCACCAUUAGUUCCAAGAACCGGUGCUGCUGCUCCAAAACCACAAUCCCCAGAGGUUCAAGCUGGUGCUGGUGCUCCUGCUCCACAACCAAAAUUCGGAGGUUCAAAAGUUGCUGCAAACUCUGCUGUUGCUCAAGCUAUGAUCCGUGGUAUGAUGGGUGGUCCACCACCAAUGAGAAAACCAGCUGCUCCAGUAUCUGGUGAAGAUACUCCAUCCCAACCACCAGCCGGUGCUGCUCCAUCACCAUCCAACAUUACCCCGAGCAAACCAAAACCAUCAGUUGCACCAAGAGCUGUCACACCAGUUAAAAAACCAACACCAUCAUCAGGUACACCUGGUAGUAUUUCAGAUGCCCCUGAAACUGAUGAUUCUGUUGAAUUAACCCAUGCCACUAAAUCACGUCCACAAGUUUCUCAUAAAAGAAAACCACCAACUAGAAGACCAAGACCACCAACUGAAAAUUAAAAUGAUAUACGAUAAUAAUAAAAAUAAUAAUAAUAAUAAUAAUAAUAAUUAUAAUAGUAUUAUAAUAGUAACAUAUUUAUAGUUAAAAUAACAAUAUUAAAAACAAUUUUAAUUUAAUAUUAAAUCAUAUUUAAAUUAAAAUUUUAAAAUAAAAAAACAUAUUUAUUUCUUUGUAUUU